AUGGGAAUUUUCGAACCGUUUAGAGCAAUAGGAUACAUAACGGGCACUGUUCCCAUCUCCGUUCAGCGAUUGGGCACGGAGACCUUCGCCACCGUCAGCGUCGGCAAAGCUUUCAAGAUAUAUGAUUGCGCGAAGCUAAAUGUAGUCACUCUCAGUCCUCUACUCCCAAAGAAAAUCAGAGCUUUUGCUUCUUUCCGUGACUACACAUUUGUUGCUUUUGGAAACGAAAUCGCAGUUUUUAGACGUGCUCAUCAGGUAGCAACUUGGAGCAAGCAUGUUGCUAAAGUCGACAAGCUUCUUUUGUUUGGAGAGCACGUCCUAAGUCUUGACGUAGAGGGAAAUAUGUUCAUGUGGGAGUUCAAAGGAAUCAAAGAAGAUGCAGCUCCAGUUGGACAUGUUGAGUUUAGUGGAAAUUUUACUCCUACCUGUAUUGUUCAUCCAGAUACUCAUUUGAACAAGGUUCUUGUAGGGAGCCAAGAGGGUCCGUUGCAGCUAUGGAACAUAAGUACUAAGAAGAUGAUCCAUGAGUUUAAGGGUUGGGGUUCGUCUGUCUGCAGUUGUGUUUCAUCCCCUGCCCUGGAUGUUGUUGCUAUUGGUUGUGCUGAUGGAAAGAUCCAUGUGCAUGACAUAAGAUUGGACAAUGAGAUCGUCACAUUUGAAGACGCCUCACGAGGUGCUGUUACUGCCUUGUCCUUCAUUACAGAUGGACGUCCCCUUCUUGCUUCUGGAGGUUCUUCAGGUGUGAUAAGCAUCUGGAAUCUUAAGAAAAAAUGUCUUAAGUCAGUCAUUAGGGAUGCCCAUGACAAAUCUAUAAUCUCAUUGAACUUUUUAGCAAAUGAGCCUGUGCUAAUUAGUUCAUCAGCAGAUAACUCAGUCAAAAUGUGGAUUUUUGAUACAAAUGAUGUUGCUCCCCGCCUUCUACGCUUCCGCUCUGGGCAUAGUGCCCCUCCAAAAUGUAUCAGGUUCUACUCUAAUGGACGGCACAUUUUGUCUGCUGGCGAGGAUCGUGCCUUCCGACUGUUCUCUGUCAUUCAGGAGCAACAAAGUAGAGAGCUUUCUCAAAAGCACAUAUCAAGGAGAGCCAAAAAACUACGGUUAAAGGAGGAAGAGCUAAAAUUGAAGCCUGUUAUUGCGUUUGAUUGCGCUGAGAUUAGGGAGCGUGAUUGGUGCAAUGUGGUUACAUGCCAUAAAGAUACAGCAGAAGCAUAUGUAUGGAGACUUCAGAAUUUUGUUCUUGGAGAGCAUAUUCUCAAACCUUGCCGUGAGAAUCCAACAUCAAUUAAGGCUUGUGCAAUCAGCGCCUGUGGAAACUUUGCAGUAGUUGGAACAGCGGGUGGCUGGAUCGAGAGGUUCAACCUCCAGUCUGGAAUUAGCCGGGGUAGUUACUUGGAUAUGUCGGAGAAAAGAGGACACUCCCACGACGGGGAAGUGAUUGGAGUUGCUUGUGACUCCACAAACACACUCAUGAUAAGUGCAGGAUAUCAUGGUGACGUAAAGGUUUGGGAUUUCAAAAAGCGGGUAUUAAAUUCCCGGUGGGAUGUUGGGUGUACAUUGGUUAAAAUUGUCUACCACCGAGUAAAUGGUCUUUUGGCAACGGUGGUAGAUGAUUUUGUUAUCCGCCUGUAUGAUGUUGUGGCACUGAAGAUGGUUCGUGAAUUUAAGGGUCAUACAGACCGUAUAACGGAUGUGUGCUUUAGUGAGGAUGGCAAGUGGCUCAUCUCAUCUAGCAUGGAUGGGACUCUUAGAAUUUGGGAUGUCAUUCUCGCAAAACAGAUUGAUGGAAUGCAUGUUGGUGUGCCAAUAACAGCAUUGUCUCUGUCACCAAAUAUGGACAUUUUGGCAACAAUCCAUUCUGAUAAGAACGGGAUCUACUUGUGGGUUAACCAAUCCAUGUUCUCUGGGGCUCCAAAUGUCAAUUCCUAUGCUAGUGGGCAAAAUGUCGUGAAUGUUAGGUUGCCUUCAGUCUCUGCAUUGACAUCUUCUGAAGCUGAUGAUGAUAUCGAAAUGGAGACGCAAGUUUCAGAAGGCGAAAAGGCUAUCAGUUUCUCGAUUUCCCCUAAGCAGAUCCCGGAACUUGUUACUCUGUCUCUAUUGCCAAAAAGCCAAUGGCAAAGUUUGAUCAACUUGGAUAUUAUAAAGGCCCGCAAUAAACCAAUAGAGCCUCCGAAGAAACCUGAAAAGGCUCCUUUUUUCUUGCCCUCUGUUCCCUCGCUUUCCGGAGAUAUACUAUUCAAGCCAAAUGAAUCAGAAGGUGAUGAGGAGAGUCAGGAGAAGAAUAAAGACUCCAAGAACAGCAUGAAGAAUUUUGGUUCACUGGAAUCUCCAUUCUCAAAACUUCUCAAGUCCUCAUGGGAUUCAAAAAACUUUUCAGAUUUCACCGACUACAUAAAGGGUUUAUCCCCAUCAGCUCUCGACAUGGAGCUACGGAUGCUUGAGAUUAUAGAUGAAGAAGCUGAAGAAGAGCUUAUCAAAAGACCUGAGUUUAUAUCAAUUGGACAACUUUUAGAUUACUUCAUCAAAGAGAUCACUUGCAGAAACAACUUCGAGUUUAUGCAGGCAGUUGUGAGAUUGUUUCUGAAGAUCCACGGCGAGACGAUAAGGUGCCAUCCGAGUUUACAAGAGAAAGCGAGGAAGCUUUUAGAAACUCAGAGUUUGGUAUGGCAGAAAAUGGAGAAGAUUUUCCAGAGCACAAGAUGCAUGGUUACCUUCCUUAGCAAUUCACAGUUUUGUUGA